AUGACGAGUUCAGCUCUUCAGAAUCAGGGCGACAUUUUGAACGUGGUUCAAGAAGACACCUGGUUCAAGAAGACACAACCCAAGGAAAAGCAAGAUGCUCCCUAUGUCGUUCUGCAGGGGGUUCUAAAGGAACAUAAGAUCAGCCUGAGAGAGAAAUGUGAUUUCGUGACCGAAGGAAAUUAUGAUAGGGGAACUAGAACCCCCCUCAACAGGAUCUACACUGACCUCUAUAUCACAGAAAACAAUGAAGAGAGUAAUACCCAACAUGGGGGGAAAUGGCAGGAUAGAGAUUCUAAGGUCCAGAACCUCCAUGGUUCUCCUAUCAGGGGCCAUGACAUAUUCAAAGCCUUACCUGACCAACAUGGACCGACCAGAGUGGUUCUGACCAACGGUGUUGCCGGUAUUGGAAAAACCUUCCUAGUACAGAAGUUCACUCUGGAAUGGGCAGAGGGCUUGGAGAACCAAGAUAUUGAUGUGGUGGUUCCCCUUUCCUUCAGGGAGUUGAACCUGAUCAGAGAUCGGCAGCACAGUCUUCUAACGCUGCUCCAUGCUUUCUGUCCAACCCUCAAGAAGUUUCCAGCAGAGAAGCUGGCUGUCUGGAAACUACUCUUCAUCUUUGAUGGCCUGGAUGAAAGUAGGUUGUCUUUGGACUUCAACAGUAGUCAGGCUGUUUCUGAUGUCACACAGAAGUCAUCACUAAACGUUCUAUUAACAAACCUCAUCAAGGGGAACCUGCUUCCCUCGGCUCUUGUCUGGAUAACUUCCAGACCUGCGGCUGCCAGUCAGAUUCCUUCAUCUUGUGUUGCCAGAGUAACAGAAGUAAGAGGUUUUGCCGACACCAAGAAGGAAGAGUACUUCAGGAAGAGGUUCAGUGAUGAAGAGAUAUCCAGUAGAAUCAUCUCCCAUAUCAAGACCUCCAACAGUCUCCACAUCAUGUGUCGAAUCCCAGUCUUUUGUUGGAUCACUGCUACGGUUCUGGAGAACCUGCUGACCACAGAGCACAGAGGGGAACUGCCCAAGACCAUGACUGACAUGUACUCUUACUUCCUGCUGGUCCAGACCAGGCAGAAGAAGAACAAGUACCAUGAAGGACAUGAAACGAGUCCAGAAGAGCUGAUGGAGGCUGAUAAGGAAGUUUUUCUGAAGCUGGGGAGGCUGGCAUUAGAACAUCUGGAGAAAGGAAAAAUAAUGUUCUACCAAGAAGACCUGGAAGAGUAUGGUCUGGAUGUCAAAGAGGCAUUGGUGUACUCAGGAGUUUGUACAGAAAUCUUCAAAAGAGAAAGUGUGAUCCACCGGCAACCAUUCUACUGCUUUGUUCAUCUGGACAUCCAGGAGUUUUUGGCUGCAGUCUACAUGUACAAUUGUUUCACCAACAGGAAUACACAGGUUGUGAAGAACUUCCUGGGAGGAGAAUACAGUGAAAUGUCUCUGGAAGAUUUCAUUGGGGCAGCCAUGAAAAAAUCCUUCAGCAGUGAAAAUGGCCACCUGGAUCUGUUUGUUCGCUUCCUUCAUGGCCUCACUGUUGAGUCCAACCAGAGACUCUUAGCAAGUAUCCUCGGUCAGACAGAGAACAGUCCAGGAACCAUCCAGAGAGUCAUCAACAAUCUUAAGAAGAUGAAUAUUGAUUUUAUAUCUCCAGAAAAAAGCUAUAACAUCUUUCACUGUUUGAUGGAGAUGAAGGAUCUUUCAGUUAAUCAGGAAAUCCAGAAGUUCUUGAAAUCAAAGAACAGAUCACAAAAGGAGCUCUCUAUGUUCCAGUGCUCAGCUCUGGCCUACAUGCUGCAAAUUUCAGAGGAGGUUCUGGAUGAAUUGGAUCUGGCAGAGUACAAUACAACAGAGAAGGGACGAUGGAGACUGGUUCCAGUUGUGCGGAACUGCAGAAAGGCUCGACUUGUUGGGUGUACCCUCUCAGAGACUGAAUGUGAAAUUGUGGCCUCAGCUCUGAAGUCCAGCCCCUGCCACCUGAAUGAGGUGGAAAUAGGUGAGAUUCAUGUAUGGAAAACCAUUGGAGACUCUGAAAUGAAGCAUCUGUGUGAGAUACUACUGAGUCCAGUCUGUAAACUGAAGAUCCUGAGAUUGAGGGACUGCAGUCUGUCAGAGAGCGGCUGUGCUUCUCUGGUCUCAGCUCUGAAGGCCAACCCCUCCCACCUGACAGAACUGGACCUGAGCCGCAACAACCUGAGAGACACUGGAGUGAAGGAGAUCUGUGGUUUUCUCCAGGCUCCUCUCUGCAAACUACAGAUAUUGAAACUGAAGGGCUGCGGUUUGUCGGAGAUCAGCUUUGCUUCUCUCGUCUCGGCUAUGAAGUCCAACCCCUCCCAUCUGAUUGAACUGAACCUGAGCAAUAAUGAAGACCUAAAGGACGCUGGAGUGAAGGAGCUCUGCACUUUCCUCCAGACUCCCCUCUGCAGACUGCAGACGUUGAAACUAAAGGGCUGCGGUUUGUCAGAGAUCAGCUGUGCUUCUCUGGUCUCAGCUCUGAAGUCCAACCCCUCACAUCUGACAGAACUAAACCUGGGGUCGAACAACCUGAGGGAGUCAGAUGUUCAGCAUCUGGUGGAUCUUAAAAAGAGUCAAGAGUACAAACUGAAACAUGUGAGGUGGAGGUGAUGAUCUUUGUACAGGAGAGAAGCUGAGCUGUGCCCCGAUGACCUACAGGUGGAAAAGAAGCACUUUAUUUAUUAACUUAUGUAUUUUAAACAAACAAUAUAAUUUAAAUCCAGAUAGCAUAUCGCAUAAAUAGCGGAGUGUUGGCCUAGUGUUUAGAGCAGAGUGCUUGUGCUCUGACCCGGUUCGAUCCCCACAGCCUCCAUUCUGGGUCCCUGAGCAAGACCCUUAACCCCACACUGCUCCCUGGGCGUCGCACAAUAAAUAAAGGGGUUUUCAUUCUGAAUUGUUUGAAAAGGAGCAGGUAGCAGAUUAAAGUAACUAUGGUUUCCCAUUACUGGUACCUCAACAUGUUACCAUGUUAAUCUCUCCAGACUAGUUCCAUCCUUAGAGAAUUAACACCAUAAUAAAAACACCAGUGACUUCUUAUCGCAUAUAAACCAUUAACAGCACUAAUAACAAUAAUUUCUCAUUUUGUUGCCCAUCCUGUAGAACAUAGUUUUCUUUAACUGCUAAGGAUUUCCUCCGUGGGUGCGUUUUUAUACCUCGUACAUCACAUAUUAAUCCUUAAUUCCUGCUAUAGAUCCAUCCCACACAUAGACGAAAAAAAACAUACUUUUGUUUUUUCUGAUCCCUUGUUAUAUUUAAAGAUACUGACUGGAUGAUGAUCUGUAUAUAACACUGUCUGUUGUUACCUGUUAACUGUUAACCUGUCUUUCUCAGUCUGUCAAAUAAAUGAAUA